AUGGGCUUGCUUGACACUGUCAAAGACGCUUUCACUCCCGCUGUGAGUUCCGCUGCUUUUCUCCCUGAAAUGAAAAUGUAUUCUUAGGCAUCCAAGACGAGCAACCGUGCCGUCGCCGUUCUUAAGGGCGACGGUGUAGAAGGCGUCGUCUGUUUCCAUCAGGUUGGUUCGCUUUAGAAAAAAAAAACUUGAUGGACUCCAAAAAAGAUGAAGUGUUUUGAUGAGACCUUUCUUUUCAGAACUGCGAAUCGGACCAGAUCGUGAUUCGCGGCGAGAUCCGCGGCCUGGAUCCUGGUCUCCACGGCUUCCACGUCCACCAGUACGGCGACUCGACUCGCGGUUGCGAAUCCGCUGGUCCCCAUUUCAAUCCUUUCGAAAAGACCCACGGAGGACCUUUGGUUCGUUUUUUAAUUGAGAAUGAGAAAGUGCUGAAGUUGAUUUGUGGAGAGUAGAGAUUUCUGAAUAAAAAAUAAAAUGGAAGCAAAGCUAAGAAACAACAGCAAACUGAUCCCUUCUUGGCUACAUUUAUCAACUUUUAGCCUUGUUCUCUAGUAAUAGGAACUGGUUGACUUCUCUGUACUCUCUUCUCCUUCUUCACUAGCACUUUUCAAACUUUUUCAAGUCUGUCGAAAUUCUUAGUUUGAAGAGAGGAAAGAGAGAGCAGACAAUUUUCUUCUCGCAAUUUUAUUCACUUGAGCAAGAAUGCAAAAAAAGAUCAACCCUUUGAAUACGACAUUUUUUUACAUCGCUUUUCGAUCGUGAUAUUUAAUCAAAAAGUUCAGGAGGAGGAUCGACACGUUGGCGAUCUCGGAAACGUCACGGUGGGCGCUGAUGGAGUUGCCAAGUGAGGGUCGCUAGAGAAGAAAAGAAAAAGUGAUGAUUCCAGGUUCGAGCUCACCGACAGCAUGAUCAAGCUGCACGGAAGCAACUCGGUGGUCGGCAGGUCGAUGGUCGUCCACAAACAACAGGAUGACCUUGGUGAGUUGAAGGGAGCUCAGGAAAACUUCAGAGGCUUCAUCAUUUUUCAUUUUCUCGAAGAAAACUCUCUGUAAAGGCUAGAUUUCUCCUUAAUGCCUCUCAAAUCAACGCGAGCUAGUCAAGUUGAUACCGAUCUGAAACUAUCUCUCCACGAUCAUCAACCGGGAUAAUUCAGGAAAAGGUGUUGGCGAGAAGAGGGAAGAGUCGCUGAAGACUGGAAACGCUGGCGCUCGCGCCGCUUGUGGCGUCAUCGCCUGGGCUGCUCCUGAAGGCGAAAUCAAGUAA